UCGGCUCCCUCACACCGUUGUUGUUGUUGUUGUGAAAAAAGGCAGAACAAAGGACUCCCCACGCUACAGAACCCUUCUACCUUUGCCGGCUUAGCCGUGUUAUGAUCACGCCCUGAUGGAAUGCUAUUAAAUGUAACCAUAUUAAGGCGCACAGCAGGCGUUAACUGAGCUCACACGCAGUCAGUGACCGAGGCAAAAAGGGAACUGAAUAGCAAACUGAGGCAUCAUCCUUCUCAUAUUUGGUCCUGUUUUCUUGGGUUCAUCCGUCUCCUUUUUCCAGAGAGUGCUCGCUGCUGAUAAGGUUUCAAUCCCUUCUCUGAAGGCUUGGCGCGGACAUCACUGUGGCUUAUUUGUUGAAGGGGUUGCUGUGGAUACUGCCGGUAGGGAGGCUGCACUGGAGCCAGAGGCAAGAGUGAACAAGCCGCCUGCUGCAGAGAGUGCCGCUAUGGAGCAGAUGAGGCUGAACCAGGCUAAGCAAACAUGAGAUUUACACCACACUGUCUGUGAAGGCUACAUCCAGCGCAAGAGACUAAGCCCCAUCCGCCUACAUAGCUCCAGCUGCACUCCUUGCCUCUCGCCAGUUUUCUUCCUGGAUUUUGUGCAGGAGUUGAUGGAAGUGGAGGGUGAAAAGGACCAGCCCAGCCACAUGUGUUAGCAUCGCAGGUCAUGUGAUUUCUCAUGAGGGCUGGGUGAAGUGGUGGAGGGUCUAAUAGACCCUGGAGCAUCUUUUUAUUUUUUUUUUUUCUCUCUGUGACUGCGUGAGUAGCGACGCCUGAAUGAGAAAAAGCAAUGCGGGCAACAGUAAUCCUGGUGCAGGUAAACCCAGGUGAGGCCUUCACUAUUCGACGAGAGGAUGGUCAGUUUCAGUGUAUCACAGGUCCUGCUCAGGUUCCCAUGAUGUCUCCAAAUGGUUCAGUGCCUCCAAUCUAUGUGCCUCCUGGAUACGUUUCACAGAUCAUAGAAGAGAAUGGAGUGCGGCGGGUUCUGGUUUUACCUCAGCAACCAGAGUUCCACCCAGGGGGCCACUCCCCUCUCCACCACCCUCCACCUCCGCCCCAUGCCCACCUGCCUGCCUUCAUCCCACACCCUGCCAUGAUGCCCCCGCCACCCCACCUGUACACGGGCAUGGCAGGGGGUGUGGGCGACAUGAGCUCUCAGUACAUCUCCCAGUACCAUCCGGCUCAUAUCUACUCAGAGCAGGUCUCUGCAGAUUCUCACUCCCAACACGGACGCCCGCCGUUUGUUCACAGAGACGACAGAACUAGCAAAACGUACGAGCGUCUGCAGAAGAAACUGAAGGACCGUCAGGGAGGCGGAGGAGGCGGGCAGGUGAAGGACAGCCCUCCCCCUUCGCCACAGAAGACUUGCAGCAGCCCCCCGACAGUGGACAUCCACAACGGCGUCGGAGGCAAUGCGCUGGAGGCGGAGCAGGGGCAGCUCAGCCAUGCAGUGGCCGGCCCUGACAGGCAGGCAGGCAGGGGGAGAAAUGGAGAGUCAGGAGAGCUGGAUAAGGAAGCUCAGGCCCUGCUGGCGCUAUUGAGUACCAUCAGUACACCAGUGGUGUCCGACAUCCAGGCCAGAGGAGCAGUAGCGAGCUGGGGUGCGCCCACCAGGCCCGAGAGCGAGAACGGCAGUGUGGAGGACGACUGCGGCCCUCCGGAGCCCCUCAGCUACGAGGUCUCCAUCUCAUUUAGCGGCAAAGACGGGAAGUACAAGAGCAUGUACUGCGGGGAAGAACUAAGUGCUACUUUAGAAGAUCUUCGACCAGCAACAGACUAUCAUGUCAGGGUCCAGGCCAUGUGUAACUGUUUACAGGGAAGCCCGUCGGAGGCUGUGAGCUUCACCACUUUAAGCUGUGAGCCGGAUCCUCCCAACGCUCCCAGGAAGGCCAGUGGGACCAAGAACACACUUGUACUGCAGUGGAAGCCUCCAUGUGACAACGGUUCCAAAAUCCAAAACUACAUUCUUCAGUGGGAUGAGGGGAAGGGCACAGGGAUUUAUGAACAGUGCUACUAUGGACCUCAGAAGCAGUACAGAGUGACCAAGCUUUCACCAGCUUCAAGAUACUCCUUCCGCCUCGCAGCCAAAAAUGACAUGGGUGUAAGCGAGUUCAGUGAAGUGGUGGACCUGUUCACCUCAUGCAGUGUGCCAUUGCCACCCUUCCCUCCAGAGCUGGAGAUGGCAGGGGUGACCUGGCUGUGUAUGAAGUGGCAGAGGCCCACUAGCUCUCCAAAGGAAGAUGACAUCUUCUAUGUUUUGGAGAUGGAGGAGGAAGGCUCGGGAUAUGGCUUCCAGCCAAGCUACGAUGGCGAAGAGCUCUCCUGCACCGUCAGAAAUCUCCACAGGAGUACCAAGUACAAGUUUAGGGUGGCAGCAUACAACUCCGAGGGGAAGAGUAACCCCAGCCAGGUGGUCGAGUUCAUCACGAACCCUGACAGACCCAGCAGUCCCUGCAGGCCAGUCAUCAGAGGAAGAGUCCUGCCCAACAACUUCAAGAUGGCAUGGGAGCCUCCGAAAGAUAAUGGUGGAGCAGAAGUCACAAAGUAUGUUGUGGAGCUGUCUGAGGGCUUAAGUGGCUUGUCUUGGGAGCUGGUGUACUCGGGGCCAGCUAUGGAGCACGUGUGUGAAGGCUUGAAGCCCGGCUGCUCCUACCAGACGCGAGUUUACUGCAUGAGCGAGGGGGGGCAGAGCCCGCUGUCGGAGACCCUGCAGGUCCAGACUCCCGCAGUUCCCCCAGGGCCCUGCCAGCCCCCUCGGCUGGUGGGCAAGCCCAAAGCCAGGGAGGUGCAACUGCGCUGGGGUCCCCCUCAGGUAGACGGAGGCAGCCCAGUGUCCUGCUACAGUGUAGAAGUGAGUGGGCCACAGUCUGAGGAGAGCAGGGAGGUUUACCAGGGUCCAGAGCUGGACUGCUCCGUGGGAGGCUUAAUGCCUGGCAAAACCUACAGCUUCCGGCUCAAGGCAGCCAACAAGGCUGGGUUUGGACCUCUUUCGGAGCGCUGUGAGGUUUCAACCGGCCCUGGGGCCCCUGAGCAGUGCAAGGCUGCCUCCACCACGUGCAAAUCCCCCAGCUGUGUUGUUGUGAGCUGGGAGGCCCCUCCUUGCAACGGAGCUCCGGUGACAGAGUUUCGUCUGGAGUGGGGAGCUGCUGAGGGCAGCAUGCAGGUGUGUUACAGUGGACCAGGGCUCAGCCAUGAAAUAAAGGGGCUGCUGCCUGCAACAAACUACUUCAGCCGGGUACAGGCUGUGAAUGUGGCUGGCGUGGGGUCCUUCAGCGAGGCAGUGCUGUGCCAGACGCCCUGCUCCGUGCCUGCAGCCGUCAGCAACAUCUACGCGCUGAAGGAGUCCGAGCUGCGAAGGUUCGAGACUCCAGUGGACGCAGAUGACGACGAGGAAGAGGAGGAUGGCGGUUCCCGGCCGCCGCCACUCUACUCUCCGUCCACCUGCCUGGGCAUUAGCUGGGACCCUCCGUGUGACCACGGCUCCGAGAUCACGUCCUACCUGAUUGACCUCGGAGAGCGCCAGCCCAUUGUUGCUGGUCCCAUCACCAAACACAUCAUCCAGCAUCUGCAGCCCGACACCAGCUACAGGAUCCGAAUCCAAGCCCUGAACAGCCUGGGAGCAGGCCCCUUUAGUCACACCUUUAAGCUGAAGACGAAGCCCCUGCCCCCGCAGCCACCCCGCCUGGAGUGCACCGCCUUCAGCCACCAGACCCUCAGGCUCAAGUGGGGCGAUGGCCCAGCCAAAGCCGCCACCUCAGACGCCCUCCAAUAUCAGCUGCAGAUGGGGGACAAGAGCGGCAGAUUUAUAUCCUUGUAUAAAGGACCAUGCCACACACACAAAGUCCAGAGGCUUAAUGAGUCUACCUCUUAUACGUUCCGCAUCCAGGCCUUUAAUGAGGCGGGCGAAGGGCCCUUCUCCAAUGUUUACACAUUCACCACCCCACGCUCUCCUCCAGCCCCUGUCAAAGUCCCAAAAGUGGAGCGCCUGGAUGACAACUCCUGCGAAGUCACAUGGGAGGCCCUGCCGCCCAUGAAGGGGGACCCGAUCAUCUACACCUUGCAGUGCAUGAUGGGAAACUCCGAGUUUAAACAGGCCUACAAAGGCUCUGCCACAUCCUUCCAUGUCCAGAGCCUGCAGCCCAACAGCGACUACCGCUUCCGGGUGUGUGCUAUCAGGCAGUGCCAUGACGCCCCUGAGCUGAGCGGUCCCUACAGCCCCACAGUGACCCUCUCUCCCCAGCGGAGUGACGUGGUGCUGGGCGGCAGCGCGGCCGGCUCGGGGUCCAGGGCCGGCGCCGAGUCCGGCCGAUCCAGGCGGAGCAUGACGGACGAGCAGUGCGCUUUCCUCCUCCUCAUGGUCUUUGCUGUCAUCGCCAUCCUCAUCGCUUUUGUCAUCCAGUACUUUGUAAUCAAAUAAGCAGUUUGCGCCACCCAGCUGCAGGGUUAUAGCUUUAUUCUUCCCUUCUCUCUCUCUCUCUCUCUCUCUCUCUCUCUCUCUCUCUCUCUCUCUCUCUCUCUCUCUCUCUCUGUUGUUUUGUAUUCUUCGUUUUGUACUUGUAUUGUUUUUUUUCUUCCGCUGUCAACAGAGUAAUCGCGUUAGCCGCAUUGGGGUGCAGUGGGAGGGACAGCUGGGGAGUCACAGCUGAAUAGCAGUUUAAAAAAGUGAGGGCGUGACCCCCUAUUUGGCACCUGUGAUACCUUCCUGACUCUCCUGCCUUUGCCGGCCCGUCCCAACUUUGUGGUAUCUAUUGUUAAGUUCAGAUUUCUGUUUCGUCCUGAUUAGCUUCCGGCGCGAAGAGGAACUCCGAAAGAGCAGGGAUGUGGUUUAUUUCUGGGAAAGGGUCGUGGACAGGGGGAGGGGCACUUUGACUCAUGUACUUGUUGAUUACAGUAUAUAUAGAUAUAUAUAUAUAUGCAUAUAUAUGUGUAUAGAAAUAGUCAUUAUUUAUAUUUCCAUUUGUGUUCAGUAUGAAACUGUUUUUGAUAGAUGUGUUCCAAAAAUAGUAUGUAGGUGUUUCAUUAGCCUAUGUGCUAUUUGAUCCCGGGACCUGAUGGGCCAGUGUUUGCACAGUGGGUUGUGUGUCCAGAUGUGUCUACUGUAUGUAGUUAGUGCCACAGAGGUACACGGCUGGGAGGGCUUCAGGGCCAGAUGAAGGGACUUAACCCCCCCCUGCUGGAGUUUAAGGGGUCUAGUGAGAGAACGAAACCGAAAUGAGAAUCUUGUUCACACCAUUUAGCUUUCAUUUAGCACUUUCCAACCUUUUUGAUGUUCAGAAUGUUUAAGGAUGCAAAAAUGACUGGACAAAUGUUAGUAUAUUUUUGUACAGUGACGACACAAGGACCUGUAAGUUUGAGAAAAAAAGAAAAAAAAGCUCAGUAUAAAGUUAGAAAACAAACAAAAACCAAACUAACAGUGAAUUCUAAUUAUUUUUACUAUCAUAUAGUUAUACUGCUGCUUUACGAAAUAUUGUUGUUCAGCACAAAAAAUGUAUGCUUAUCUGUAUGUUUUUUUUUAUUUUUUAUUUUUUUUUAUUUGAUUUACCCCAGUAAUUGAUUUUGCACCUUAGUGAAAGAAAAACCUUGACUGACUGCGUCUUGGUCUUGUGAUGCAUUUUUAUAGAACACACUUUGAGGUUGUGCAACCCUUCUUGUGUUUAGGGUGUUUUAAAAGUUGUAGUACCACAUAAUAUGUCACUGAAACAGCUGAUCUAUCUCAGCAAAAAAAAAUAAAAAAAAUAAAUAAAUGUAGGAGGGGAAAAAAAAAAGUAUAUACCAGUUGUUUCAGGGGCCUUAAUUGGAGAGGAAAAAAAAUCUCGGGAGAAUUUUCUUAAUUUCGUAAUUAAGUUUUGAUGUUUUUCUUUUAGUGUUAGAAAACUCUAAAAAUUAGUUUUAUUUACUUUUAUUUUUGCAACGUUUAUUUGUUGUUAGGAAACAUACGUAAUCGGGAGAGCCGAAAUUGGAAAGUAGUUUGAUGUAUUACUUAUGAUUUCUUUUGAUUUCUUUUGUCAGGUCAUACAUGUGUGAAGUAUAUUUUUUUAUAAUAUUGAAGUAAUAUAAGUUAAUACUCUCCAGAGAAAAUAAUAAAUCCUGAGUACUCAUGAAUCUUGGAACGCAAAUGGCUGAUACAAAAUGUGUUAUAUCAUGUACUUCCUGUGAAUCUAAAUUUGCCUUUUCUCUGUGUAAGUAUUCGUAACAGAUUUCUAACGCUGAGGUUUCAGUGGUAAUCUGACAGUCUAGUGUUUGCUUUUGGGCAGAUAAUUGCUGUUGCAACCGUAAAAAUGAAAUUACAGGUACCUUGCAAAACGUCUUGGAUAAUUACAUGAUUUGGUCUUUCAGACAUUCUGCAAAUGUCUCCUCUUUGUCAUUUAAAGAAUUAAAAUCCCUAUUUUUGAUAGCGAUUGCAACGUGUGCCAUUUUAACACCUCUUCAUCCUGGGCUUACUACCUUUGGUUGUGGAGAUUAACAAAAUGCGACAAAAAUGAGUAAAAUAUGCACAAAAAUAGAGACCAUUUUUAUGUAAUUUUAAUGUUUGCAGUUACCUCAUACACCGUACAUUCCAAAAUGAAAAUUUGUUAUACUAUACAUACUACCAGACAUAUCACUUUAAAAAUGUUCGUUAUGGGAAAAAUGUAUAAUCAUAGAUGCGUAUCUAAAGUGUAUCUGUAUAGCCAUGAUAUCUACAAAGGAUCCAUGCACAAUAAAAGAUUUAUAAUUCUUAA